AAGCAUCGCAGAAAAUUUCCACCCUCGACCUGGAUCAGCCAACUGCCACAUUUGUGUUGGCGUAUAAGGGCAGAAAUGGGUCCCACUUCUCCAUUUUAGUCAAUUCUUUAGCAGUAAUAUUUACGCUUUUCACUCUACAGCUCGAUUAUCAAGUUUUUCAAUUCCCUAUCGUUUUCCUCUACCAAGAAACCCACGAAAACAAGAUUUUCAGUAAAUCAAUCAUUACGAGAGCAUACACAAAUUGGAAAAGAAGGGUGUUUCAUGGAAUCAAAGCUUUUUGCGAAGCCUAUACCAGCAGGGCCAUACUUUCCAGGACGCACCGAUUUGGAUAGGAUGCCAGAAACCCCAACUCGCGGAGCUCACCACCGCCGAGCACACUCUGAGACUUUUUUCCGGUUCCCGGACCUUGACGAUAUCCUCCUUGACGACGUUGCUUCAGACCUUAACUUUGACCUACCCCCAAACCCACCAUCCCUCCCUAAUGCUCCGCUGGCUCAGCCGACGUGGUCCAAUAACAGUGAAAGUAGGCCUUUGAGCCAUGGGUCCCACUUCCGGAGCCUUUCGGUGGACGCCGACUUCUUUGAGGGGCUUGGAUUUGAUGGUCCUGCGCCGGCUAUGGAGGAGAAUAAUAAGGUUGGCCAAGCGAGCGGUGGGCCGAGACAUAGACACAGCAAUUCGAUGGAUGGGUACGGAAGUGCAACUUCGUUGGAGGAGGACUCUAGCGCAAAGAAGGCUAUGGCAUCAGAUAGACUUGCAGAGCUUGCCUUGAUUGACCCAAAGAGAGCUAAAAGGAUUCUUGCAAAUAGACAAUCUGCUGCACGAUCGAAAGAGCGAAAAGUACGAUACACAAGUGAGCUGGAGAAGAAAGUGCAGACCCUGCAGACAGAAGCAACAACACUCUCUGCACAGAUCACUAUACUGCAGUGCCUAGGUCAAAAGGCACAAAAGAUUCCAACACAAUCAGCUGCAGCAGAUAUCAUCAUCAGGCUUCUCCAUAUUCCAGCUUUUCACAGUUUACCCCUGUAAGCUCAAUUGCCUUUCCCCCAUGUUGAUGAAUUUCUGAUAAAGUAUUGUUAAGACAUGAAUGGAAGAGAGUUGAGUCUCAUUCCCUUGAGAUCCCAAAGAGAUUUUCGCUAGAGAAGAUUUAUUGGGCAUAUAUAGUUUAGUAAAAAGCUGGUUCUGGUACUUUUUUAGCGGGAUGGGAUGGAGAGGGUGAGAGCCUGGGGAAGUAUUUAUUCUAUUUGUUCUUUUGCUUAUCAUUCAAACAAAAGAAUGGGUUUCAUGUGGAGGCGAAUUGCACUAUAUGUUCUGUGAAUGUCUGAGGCUUACAAUUAUCAUUUCGGAUGGCAAGCGAUAUAGAGGAAUGAAAGAAUAAUAUCCAUAUGGUUGUCGGUAAGUACAUGAU